CUCUGAUAACAUGUCUUCUGCACCACAACAAGAAGUAUCUUAUCAUGAUGAUUUAACACCACCUACAAUACCAUUCGUACGUGAUUCAAUCAUGGGUAGUAGAUCUAGGUCUGGAUCUAGAAGAUCUUCUUUUUCUUCUGAUCAAGAAAUCAAAAGACCUGCAAGUUUAAGUGUUAAUUACGUUCCUGCAAAAUUCACAAAGAAACAUGAACCUGGAGAAGCUUUUCAUCGUAGGGCAAAAGUUGGUGGUGGUAGAGAUGCUUUUGGUCCUAAUGCUCAAAGAAUGGGAAUGUUAGGAACUGUUGAUGAUGAUGAAGGAGUUGUUUUUCAAUUAGGGAAGAAUGGUUUGAAAAAGAAGAAACCGAAAUUGAGAUGGAAUAGGUUUAAAUGGAUUUUAUUCGCUGCUAAUGGAGUUUUGUUUAUUUCUGGAAUGGCAACUCUCGUAUCAGCUAUUCUCGUAUGGUUAAACGUGUUUUAUCAAUCAGAUGUUAUCAGAGUGGGUAAUCGUACAGAGCUCAUAUUAUCUACCGUCGCAGCAGCUCUCAUAGUCCUCACUUCUUUGAUAGGAUACGCCGGUAUCUUACUCAACAACCGAGCUUUCUUAGCAGUCUUCACCCUCCUCCUAUGGGUCUGUCUGGCACUCAUCGCCGCACCGGGUUAUCUCACUUAUAAACAACGAACAUUCAACUUGGAGGGGAAAAUCAACCUUCAAUGGAGUCGAAAUCUCGGUACUAUUGGACGUCUUCGUAUACAAGAUGCUCUCCGAUGCUGCGGAUAUUACUCACCUUAUGUCGAAGCCACCCAAUCACCUCUUUGUUAUUCACGUUCAAUCUUCCCGGGAUGUAAAUCACGUUAUCUUCGUUUGGAAAGACGAGUACUUGAAAUUUGGUACACUGUUUCAUUCUGCAUGGUACCUAGUCAAAUCUUUAUCAUCGUCGCUAGUCUUUUAUGUAGUAAUCAUAUAACUUAUCGGUUCGGUAAAGGUUUAACACCUAAACGAUAUCGAUUGGAUUUGGGUAGUAUGGCUGUGAUCAUGGAUGAAUAUGCUAGUCAAAUAGCAGCACAAUAUGGUCCUCGAUUAGCACAAGAAACAAUGAAUCGUUCUUCCAUCGCACUCCCACUUUCAGAUCAACCAAAUAACCUCUUAGCACCUCCUCGACCA